AUGAGCACCACCUACCAGCAGGCGCCGGCUGCAUACGACAGCCACGCUCUGCGACCCUACGCCUCGUCAAUUGCCCACCCCAGGGCCUCAACUGCAGCAGCCGUUGGUUCCCACGAAGCCAGGAAUGCCACUGCGCAGUACUACCGAUAUCCCGUCCAGCAGAACCAAACCGCCCAGGUUCCCUCCUCGCAGUCACGCAAUGGCACGCUUCAUGGCACUCCCUCAGACCGGUCUACGAAAUCGGCGACGCCUGCCUCGUCGGUCUCUGCCAAGGAUGCCAUAUCAUCGCGAAGGAGCCCCGAGACCUUGAUCUACCACAGCCUCCAGAUCCCCAGAUGCAUCAGCUCCAACGGCGGCAGCUUGGCAGAUUUUGCAGCACAGAUGACGUGCCUCUUUUGGUUCGAAUCCAUUGACCACCUCAAAAAGGCAGAGGCCAUUCGAUCACGGCCAAACAUGCUCACCACUCGACUGGCCGAGCUGGCCAAGCCAAACGAGCAAUUUCGCAAAUGGGUAUACAACGUGCUGUCGACGACCCAGGUUACACAGAACGUGAUUCUGCUUGCGCUGCUCUUCAUCUACAGACUCAAGCUGUCGACGCCGCAGAUCAAGGGGCGAGAGGGCAGUGAGUAUCGAUUGCUCACGGUGGCCCUCAUGCUUGGCAACAAAUUCCUCGACGACAACACCUACACCAACAAGACGUGGGCCGAGGUCUCGUGCUUCAGCGUCGGCGAGAUUCACGUCAUGGAAGUCGAGUUUCUCAGCAACAUGCGAUACAACCUCCUUGCCUCCAAGGACGAGUGGGAGGACUGGCUGACCAAGCUGGCGUGCUUCCGUGACUACUACGAGCAGGCGCUCCGAGUUCCAGCAUCGCCGCUGCUUGCUGCCUCUCCCUCUUCCAGGAGCUUCCACUCUCCCCUCGUCUCGCCGACCACGACGACGCUGCCAGCCGCCGACGCAUUCGCUUCCGCCGUAUCGACAUACUCGCCCCCUGUUUCGAGGCACGCUCAGAACUGGGCCAUGUACCACGCCAACCCCGUCUCGCCCCUGGCUGCCAGGCCGUCGAUGACUCUGCCCGUUUGUCGAAAGCGCAGCCCCGACGUGGAACCCAUCGACCAUCCAGCCAAACGAAUCAUGCGCCGAGCUCCAAUGGCCGCGGUGCCCUGGCCCAAGACCGUCCCUGAGUCGGGCAGGCUUCCCGUGCCGCAUCUCACCAUUGUCACGCAGCCUCACGUCUCCCAGGCGGUUGCUUUCCCAACACCAGCGGCGGCAUCGACGACGGCGACGACGACUUCACCGAUGGCGGUUGGAUAUACACCCCAGUCGCCCUACGCUAACCAGAACAUGGUCUCUCUGCCGCCUCUGCAGACCGGCUUGCGUGCCAUGUCCAGCGUCUACCAGCCAUACCAGCAACCACCGGCUGCGUCCGUCCCCUACGAAGCCUACCACCCACCCACCAUCCCGGCUUCAACUGCCAGUGUCCCCGCCGCCGGAUUCCCCAGCGCGCCGCCCAUGUCCUACGCCACGCCCAGCAAGCACCAGCACACCCCGGCCAGCCUCGCCUCUGCGUAUACGUCGUCGCCAAUGGCUGAGCCUCUGUUUGGAGCCGCCUCGGGAGUGCAUACGCCCAUUGCCCUGACGCCCAUCUCGCACUCGCCCAGCGUCUACCUGCAGCAGCGGGCCAGCCCCUACAAGCCCAUCCGCCACGUCAACAGGCUACUCUACCCGCCGCCGUCGGCAUCGCUGGAUCAGUAUCACCUCGCGGUCCCCGUCCCGCCCACACACAUGCAUUACCAGCCUCUUGGUCGGCGAAACGAUUUGCGCACGGGAGUGGUGCCCGAGUUUAUAGUGUACAACAGGGGCCAGCAGUCCCUCUCGCAACACGCCGCUCAAGGACCAUAUGCACCCUAG